CUUAUUUUUGCCGAUUAUCAAAGACCUCUGCGAUUAUUCGAUAAUUGUCUUCAGGCACAAUACAAGGCCACGUGCAAGAGAUCUGGAGGUCCUUACUAUAUCCUGUCGCACUAAUGACGACACCUCUGCUUUCAAACAAACACACAAAGUUCGUAAUGUUAUCAGGAAGCAUGCUGUCCAUGGAGUUGUAGUCAACCUCCCAGGACGUGGGCGCAAGAAGACUCUGGUUCCACCGGGUGAAAAAGCAGUUCGUUCUGCAUCUAUCCAAAAUAAAAUGACAUCUGUUUGUGAUGCCACCAUUGAUGACAAGGAAAAUGGUUCCGAGUCGACGGAGUCUCAGGACAAGGAACAUCCACGGCUUCUCAUCCCAGAGUUAUGUCGUCUUUUCUACCAACUCGGCUGGGUUACUGGGACAGGAGGAGGGCUAAGUUUGAGACGUGGAGAUCAGAUCUACAUUGCCCCGUCUGGAGUGCAGAAGGAGAGACUACAGCCAGAUGACAUGUUUGUCUGUGAUGUGGAGGAGAGAGACAUCAGCUCCCCACCCCCCUGGAAGAACCUGAAGAAGAGCCAGUGCACCCCUCUGUUCAUGAAUGCCUUCACUAUGAGAGCGGCGCAGGCCGUCAUCCACACCCACUCCAAGGCUGCCGUCAUGGCAACUCUGUUUUAUCCUGGCAAGGAGUUCCGCAUAACUCACCAGGAGAUGAUAAAGGGAAUCCGCAAGGGCACCUCCAGAACCAACUACAGAUAUGAUGAAACCCUGGUGGUCCCCAUCAUUGAGAACACCCCGGAGGAGCAGGACCUGAAGGAGCGCAUGGCGCUGGCCAUGGAGCAGUACCCAGACUCCUGUGCGGUCCUCGUCCGGCGCCACGGCGUCUACGUGUGGGGGGAGUCCUGGGAGAAAGCCAAGACCAUGUGUGAAUGUUAUGACUACUUAUUUGACAUCGCCGUCCAAAUGAAGCAGAGUGGAAUGGAUCCUUCAGCACCACCCAUUGAAGAGAACCAUUACGACCAUGUCCAACCAUCCCAAUAAAUGGAGGCAAACAAUCAGGUCCUAAAAUGAA